AUGCUGUUCGCCAAUUCCCGUCUCGGGGAUGUCAUACAGAAGUUUAAGAUACAAGGUCCCUCGUCUGUUCUGCCUGCAUCCCAUUUUGCGGUGUUCCCACUUGCAUUUGCACGCAAGCUGAACAAUCUCCGCCGAAUUGACCUAAUCUCUAUAUCAUGGAACCUGACUGCGUUUCACUCUUUUUUCUUUCUUGCUUUAUCAGAAUUUACAUCGGUGACCGUGCUGAAUCUCUACGACGUCCAGUUCUCCUCAUUCCGUCAAGCAAUUCGUCUCGUUUGCGCUUUCCCCAACCUCCGAGAGCUGGAUUGCACUAGACUCACCUGGUGUCAUGGAUAUAUUCCUACCGCCCAUGAACUUAUGCUGCAUCGCAAAUUUACGCGUCAGCUCUUCGCAUUCAACCUCGGUGUCCAUGGCGGUUUAGCAAGGGACAUCCUAACAUUUCUUAUAGAAUCUGAUAUGGCGCGCACUCUGCGUAGACUAACAACAAGCCACUACCAAGUCCAUCUUCAAGAAUUCGAAAAGACUCGCCUAGGAGAGACAUUCUGUAUAGCAGGAGCCAAUCUGGAGAAGCUUGAACUCGUUCUCCAGGCCACUUUGCUCGACAGUGCUGCCGCUGAAGAUAUUAUUCAGCGUCAGGGUCCACACCUUGCCCAACUCACGCGCCUUCGCACACUGCGCAUCGAGCUCGAUCAGGUGCAGGGUAACGUCUGCUUUGACUGGAUCCCGACACUGCUCGGCCUCCUCCCGUCUACACACAUGCAGCACAUCGCCCUGCAGCUAGGCUCGUUCUUCCACCUUCAGCCCGCGGGCACGGAUGUACUCGACUGCGUCCUGACGACGCUCAGCUCUGCAUGGUGCCAGCGCGUUGACGGGGUCCUCUCCCAGCCCCGCUUUCGCCUGUUAGAGAAGCUGACCAUCGAGGUCCGUGGGCACUCGAGGGCGAGCGAGGGUAGCGCUGCCGCGGUGCGUUGGCACGUCGAGUUCAUGGCGCGGCUACCGCAGCUGAGGGAGCGCGGUGUUCUGGCAGUGAUUUUGGACUUGGUGUAA